CCGCCGCCGCCAUCGGGCCCCGCCGUGCCCCGCGCCAUGGCGGACCGGCUCGGCAAGCCCACCUGCCUCAUCGUCGCCAGCGCCGCCGCCGCGGGCGUGUCAGCCCAGUCCUUCCUUCACUGCUUUACACUGACCAGCUCUGCUUUUAAUCUGCAAGUUGCGACUCCUGGGGGGAAGCCCAUCGACUUUGUGGAUGUGAACGAGAGCAACAUGCGCUGGAUACAGGACUUCCGUAUGAAAUCGUAUGCGAACCCUGCCAAGUUGGAGUCGAUUGAUGGCGCUAGAUACCACGCGUUGCUGAUUCCAAACUGCCCUGGGGCUAUGACUGACCUUGCAAACAGCGGGUACCUGGCUAAGAUAUUGCAGCACUUCAGCACUGAGAACAAGCCUAUCUGUGCAGUUGGACACGGAGUUGCAGCUUUGUGUUGUGCCACCAAUGAGGAUAAAUCCUGGGUGUUUCAGGGAUACAGCCUGACAGGGCCCUCUGUAUACGAACUCAUAAGACAGCCUAAUUUUGCCAGUUUGUCCAUUAUUGUGGAAGAUUUCGUGAAAGAUUCUGGAGCUACGUUUAGCGCCAGCAGUCCGGAUGCUGUACAUGUUGUGCUGGACAGGCACCUGGUGACAGGACAGAAUGAGAAUUCCACUCUUCCUGCGGUCCAGAACCUUCUCAUUCUUUGCAACAUCAGGUGAAUAUGUGUUAGAAGCCCUUUCCUGGCUGUGGACUAACAGGUGGUGUCAUGUUUGGAUGUGUUUCAUUCAGCAGGAAAUGAAGGAGCAGGUCUCUUUGCAAAUAGGAUGGAUGAAGACCCAGCAGGCUAAGGAUUUUCUUGUCUUUUAACUGGAUAAAACAUCCCUCUAAAUUUCUGUCCUGGACUAUGAAGUGACUGUGACAGUGAAGUGGCAAUGUCAGGUUUUGCAUAUAUAGAAUGGAUGAAGGUUGUGAGUAGGAAAACUUAGACGUGCAUCACACUUCAGAAGCAACUAUGAAGCCAUCUUGUGUUUUUGUUGCUACAUCUUCUUUCACUGCUUCUCCCUAGACCCUUAAUUUAUAGAUGUGGGAAACUGUCUUUUAAAAAAUGUAAGUUGGUGCUACGAAUACAAAUCGCUGAAGCUAAAGAUGUUUUGCUCUAGGUUGGUGGUGCGCUGAUUUUAGUAACUCUGCCCCAAAGAGCACUUGGAACUCUGCGAGUCAUCUGGUGUUUGUGUUCCAAAUAUCAAAACCUACACCCAGAGCUUCACCGAAACGCAAUUUCAGAUGUGUUCUCGCCUUUUGGUAGGUCACAAAGCUACCAUCUGAAUUCUGAAUGUGUCUGGGACACUUGGAAAUACUCGGAAUAGGAUGGAAGAUGCUUAGCUAAACGCUGAAUAAAGCAGAACCGGUUGUUUGAAGGCAGCUUGCCGCGGCGGUUAGCAUAAUGUGCCCUUGUUUUCUUCCUUGCCUGUUUGCACUACUGGGCUUCUGUUUAAAAAGUUUGCUCAGCUGUUUUUAAAUGGCUUUCUAACUGGUUAUCUGUUCUCCUUUGUGGUGCUUAUGUUAAGAUUUCUGUUCCAUUUGAAAUGUUUGAAAUGCUUCUCUCUGGCAGUACGUUGUGGUUGGCUCUUGCUGGAAUUUUAUGGACAAAGAAAGAAAAUAACGUAGGCAGCUAAUGUGGAUCACAUCUUCUGAGAAACCAAGCGUAAGAUGAAAUCUAGCCUUCUCUUUUCUUUUGCACAGCAAAGGUGGCUUGAAGUUGAGCCUGGAAAGGAAUAAUCAGGCUGAGAAUAUGUUUUGCUGUUGCAGGCUCAAACAUACUAAAUCUAAGGGGAAGUGGACAGGUUAACACUUUUUCUUCACCCUUGGAACUGAGGACAGCACUUAGUGCUCUGUGAGGGGAAAGGACCUUUGUGGCUGCACUUUAACAGGAUAGUAUCAGAUAUUGGUGAUAACCAGUCAUCAAGCAGGGUAAUUUUAUGCUUUUUCUGUGGAAAUGCAAUUAUUUUAGAUCUGUCUCAAGAAUUCAGUGUGAUUUUUAAAGACAGUCCACUCUGGGAUUUGUUGGGUCUUCUACUGUUAUAUUCUGGAGCCCGGCUUACAGAUUUUUUCUUUGUUAGAAAUGAAUAUUAGAAUUUGAAAUUAAAAUUGGGAUUUGAGGGAAAUUAAACUUUCAAAUAGCUUUGGUUAGCUUAAAUCCUCAUUCCUAACAAGUCAUCUUAGGGAUUUGUUGACCUCUGUCACCAUCGGGACGUACCUUCCAUCUGGAUUUCUGGCAGUCUGUCUGCUGAAACGAUGUGGAAGGCUUUUGUAGUUGUACUGCAGGAGCAUUUGGAAUUGGGGUCACCUUGUGUUGAACACUGAGCACCUACAGCAAGGCGAUUCUCUACCACCAAAAGCUUUAUUUAAAUAGGGAAGGUGAAGCUUUGUGCCCUAGACCCCACUGAUCGCCUGAGCAGGGAACUUGGCGGGGCUGCAGUCAGGUAAUAGGUGUCCAGGAGGAGGUAGGCGCAAUGCGUGUGGCUUCUGGGGUGAGGGAGCUUUGCCACACCUGACCUAACCCCUGACUGCAGCUGCAAGGCAAAGUCUUGUUUCUGAAGUGGGAGUCCGAGAGGCUACAAGUCUGUGUUACCUUUGAGACUGUGCUUCCAUGUGGUUCUGUCAAAAUCACUAGGCCUUUCAUGGCCUGCCUGUAAAAAUAAGAGUAUUGCUGUC